UAACUUCCUGGUUGUCUUAUUUGAAGUCCAACUAUUUAAAAAAAUAUAUAUUUUAUUAACAAUACAUGAGGAGUAUACCACCUGAAAUCGUAGGGGCUAAUGAGAUGAGGGGAACGGACACGUUGACUGACGCAUUCCGGGCUCCGUUAGCCUCCGGGGCUGCCCGCUGAACCGGUCUGUCCACUCGGCUGGUGAUGGAGAGGCUAAUAACCGAGCUCACGAGGAAGCAUGUCCUCCUCACGGCUUCCUUCGCUGUACGACUGGCCCUGGUCGCUUAUGGAGACUACCAGGACAGGACCAUGGCUGUGAAGUACACUGACAUUGACUACCAUGUGUUCACAGAUGCUGCAAGAUUCAUCACUGAGUUUAGAAUGAGCAUGGAAGAUUAUGACUACCUGUUCAAAAUAGUUCUGAUAGGAAACGCUGGAGUCGGGAAGACAUGUCUUGUCCGGCGCUUUACUCAGGGCCUUUUCCCACCUGGACAAGGGGCGACUAUUGGAGUAGAUUUCAUGAUUAAAACUGUGGAAAUCAAAGGGGAGAAGGUCAAGCUGCAGAUAUGGGACACAGCUGGACAGGAGAGAUUCCGCUCCAUUACUCAGAGUUAUUACCGUAGUGCCAACGCUCUCAUUCUCACCUAUGACAUUACCUGUGAGGACUCCUUUAGGUGCCUUCCUGAGUGGCUAAGGGAGAUUGAGCAGUAUGCCAACAAACAGGUGGUGACUAUAUUAGUCGGUAAUAAAAUAGAUCUGUCAGAGAAGAGAGAAGUUCUCCGACAGAGGGCGGAAGACUUCGCUGAGGCUCAGAGCAUGCUGUAUCUGGAGACCUCGGCCAAAGAGUCCGACAAUGUUGAGAAACUGUUCCUCGACCUGGCCUGCGAGCUCAUUCGCGAGGCCAAGCAGAACAAGCUGGAUAACAAUGACACUGCCCCGAUGCCCGGUGAGGGUAAAACCAUCAGUUACUUGAGCUGCUGCAACCUCAAUUAGGGAGAGCUCAGACUUCUGGCCAUUUCAAUGUGUAGCCAUUGACUGGAGAGGGCAGAUGGUCGAGCCCCAAUGCCUCCAUCUCUCAAAGGUGGCGUAAAGCCACUUUUUAUUCCCGUCAUUUCUAGUCCCAUGCCUUUUUUAAGCUGAACAAAGGAGUUAGUCAACUUUAGUUUGGUCUUCCAGGAACAAGCAUUUUAGAUGUUGCAAGUCUUGAGAACUUUGUCCUCAAUGCAACGGGCUGUAAAAUAUGUCUGCCUGAUGCAUCCAGGAAUCUGUGCAAGGCUCCAUUUUGUCCUCUUUACAGUGAAAUGGCAGAAUUUUCCUGUUUGGGCUUUAAGAUCCUUUUUCAUUAAACAUCAGUAUUCACCAGCAGUAUUAAGUGAGUAAAAAGUUCUACCAGGUAUUUUGUUACAGAUUACGCAUAGCUAACAACAAGGUUCAUGAUCACAGGGGGUUAUCAAAAAACGGUAGCCUAAUGUUUACACAGUGAAUUUUUUGGAUUACCAAGUCUGAUGGAGUUGCGAAAAAUGUUUUUGCAAACUUACCCUAAAACUGUUGCACAAUGAGUUAUUCCCACUAAGUCUUUUGCUCUGAGCAUUGCACAGGACCUUAUUAGCUUUCAUAAUCUCAUUUCCGUGUAGUUAUUUGCAUCCGUCAUUACAAACUGUGAAGUAUUUGUUCCAAAUAAAAGAUUUUUAAUUGCUGCUAAAAUAUGUUUUUGUGUCGGAUAACGUAUACACACACAAAUACUACAUUAAAAACAGUAUUCUGUGACGACAUUAUUAUUUUUGCAUAAUUGCAGUGCUUGCGACUAGUCGGUUGAUAUAGUAUGAAGCAGUUGGGAAGGACUCAGAUAUUGUCAGUAAUCAGUAGGAAUUAUUAAUGGAUUAAUCUAUUUUUAUUUUACUCUGCUGUUAAUUUUAUUCAUAGAUGUGAAUAUUUCUUCCUUUAUUGUUGCUGCCUAGCGAUGAAAUUGUUUUAAUUGUUAUUUGUUUAAAGGUGUAUGUUCAUGUAGUUUCGUAUAUGACUUGUAGUUCAUAUGCUUUUGUGAAAUUGAUUGAUUGUCCAGCAUGUUUUGCCAUAAUUUGUAGUGUCUAACUUUAUCUUUCAUAUAUUUGCCAUAACUGUAAUGUACUGUAUUGCACAAUGCCAUAUACUGCACACUUAUUAUUUGUAUUGUAACAUGUUGUUGUACAGACUUGUAGUACUUUUUGGCACUUUGCUUUUCGACUUUUUAUUUUCAGAAAUCCCUUUGUACAAUCGGCGAGCAUUUUUGUUUUGCCUUUUAGAUUUAACAGCAGUGAUUUAUUGUUAAUCCUUUACAUCUUUUUGUCAACACACAAUAUGGGAAAUACAAAGGAAAACACUA